UCAUGUCGUUUGCAGCAUUCCUGUGACGUCAUCACCCUGCGCCUGUAUUUACUUCAGGUCCAGUUAUCCGCCGCUGCAGCUGCAGUAAUGGAAGUAAACAGGGACGAAGCGGAGCGCUGCAUUGACAUUGCGACCGAGGCGUUGACCAACGACCAGCCCGAGAAGGCGCAGAGGUUCCUGGAUAAGGCGCAGAGACUUUUCCCGACAGAAAAAGCGAAAGCGCUGCAGGAUCUGAUAGCAAGAAAUGGCUUCAAACCCAGACAUGGCGGCCACUCACAUUUCAACGGGACACCGGGGCCGAGGCAGCGGCAGACCACCUGUCAAGAAACCAGACAUGAAGAAAAGCCAUCAGAAAACCUCAAACCCUACACUGCAGAUCAACUGGAGGCUGUGCAGAGGAUAAAACAGUGUAAAGACUUCUAUGAAAUCCUCGGGGUCCAGAAAGACGCCCCUGAAGAUGAGCUUAAAAGAUCAUACAGAAAACUCGCUUUGAAGUUCCAUCCAGACAAGAAUCACGCUCCAGGUGCAACAGAAGCUUUCAAAGCCAUUGGAAAUGCAUAUGCUGUCCUGAGUAACGCCAACAAAAGAAGACAAUACGAUCAGUGUGGCGAGGAGAGGAGACAUCCUUCGAGACAAGGCCAGGACGAUGGAAACUUCGAGGCUGACAUCUCACCUGAAGACCUUUUUAAUAUGUUCUUUGGAGGCGGAUAUCCAGCAAGUAAUGGUCAUGCAUACACCAAUGGGAGGAUGCGAUACCAAAGAGCAGAAAGAAGAGAGCAACAGCGAGACGGAGGCCUGGCCCUCUUCGUACAGGUCAUGCCCAUCCUCAUCCUGGUCAUCGUGUCGGCGCUCAGUCAGAUCAUGGUGAAUAGCCCCGCCUACAGCCUCAGCUUCAGGCCGUCAGCGGGUUAUACUCAGAAGAGGCUGACGGAGAACCUGAAGGUGCCAUAUUAUGUGGGGGAGCAGUUCUCCAGGGAAUUCACCGGAGUCAAUCUGAAGAAUCUGGAGAGGACUGUGGAGGACGACUACAUUUCCAACCUUCGCAACAACUGCUGGAAGGAGAAACAGCAAAAAGAAGGCAUGUUAUACAGAGCUCGCUAUUUUGGAGACACUGACCUGUACCAACGUGCUCAAAGGGCUCGAACACCAAGCUGCGCCAAACUCUCCGAGAUUACAGCUUCUGCACACGGCUGAGGCUGCUGCCAUAUUAAGAAAUUUCCAGGAUCCACACGAACAAAUACUGGCUGUAAAUAAAUGAGCUUUAACAAUGAAGACGACCCGACAGGCAACACAAACAAACCAGCACCAAUGAAAAUCUGGGAAAGCAAGACUCAAAUCAACCACAUGAAGCCCCUCCCCUUGUGGAAUAUUAGUAUGUUGAAUUAAUAUAUUGUGUUAAUAUCACGUUUUCAGAUUGGAAAAAGCCACUUAAAAUAGCUCCCGCCAAGACAUGUGUUGGAUUUACUUCCCAUUUUGGCUCUAAUGAACGGCAGAGUUCACUUUUUUUUUCUUUUUUUUUUUUUUGCAAGAACGCAGUAUGAAACCAGAACGUAGCAUACUUAGAUACAAUCAUACAGAUGUAGUUUAUGUAGCAGCUGAUUAGACACCACUCCGAAUGCUUCCUCUUUGUUUUUAUGCAGUCAACAAAAAAAAAAAAAAAAAAAAAUCAGAGGAGGAAGUGAGUUUGGCCAUGACUCCUGAUGCACAUUUUUAACUUCUGAAACUAUGCAGAAAUAAUGUGAAACCUCUGAAUACCCACUCAUGUUUGUCAGACACCAUUAGCAUCUGAGAUUAGUCUUUGUUGCUCUGUAUGUGUGUGAAAUAAGUAAGAAACUUCCUUAAACUUUUGCCUCCUUGAAUUGUAUUAUUAUACACUAGCUUCACAAUAAAAGCCAAUGGAAUAAGAGACGUGCCUACCCACACUGUGGGACAUUAACAAGUUGUAGUUGUGAGUGUAAUGUCUCUAUUAACAUCAUCUGUCAAAGCAAUCUACCAUGUCACAUCCUGUAUAUUAUAGUAUGCUAUUUAUUGUUAAAUUAUUUCUAUUUAUUUAUUUAAAAAAAAACUCGACUAUGACACUGGAGAAACAAUAAAGAUCUCGCUCACUUUUUUCCACCACGUUUUUACUCCUGGAAGAAAAUAAAAACGAAUGCUCAAA